GACAACUAAGCCUCUUGAUUACAAAUUUUGCUGAUACGUGACUCCUUUGAGAGGCUUUUUUAAAUUUUAUUCUUUUUCCAAGGGCAUUCAUUCUGUAUCGGAACGAAGCUUUAAAUCACGGUACAAGGAUAACACUUUCGAGCACUUUAGCGAUAUCUUAUUUCAUCUAAAGCGCGCGUGUAAACGGGAUUCGAUUCUUCCAGGAGCAUGUAAAUGACUACCUAAGCUCCUCUCUGACAAGUAGCUACACAAGCCCUCACGAGAAAAUGGGUGCCAUAGUUUCGCAUCGUAAAGGCCAGAGAAGGAUAUCACGCGCAGAACAGAAAGCAGUAGCAGUUAAUGCAUUUGCAACACACUCAAAGAAAAGUGAAAACUCAAAGCAGGAACUCGAAGCUCCUACUCAGCCACCUGCACCCAAGACCAGUUCUGCAACAUCCAGGAGCAGUCCAAACAUUGCUGUGGCAUCUUGGGGUGAAGGGAUUGUGGGAACAUCCUCUCAUUCAUUAAAUGAUAAGGGUGUGAUCACUUCCAGGGGUGUACAAAAUGAGGUCAAGUCUAGUAAGGAGAUGUACCCAUCACUAAAACCCAGAACACCAGACUCAAACAAAAAUACAGAGCUGUACACAGGCUUUGCCACAGUCACACCAAUAUCAACCCAGACAGACAAAGACCUGGCAGCCAUAACUAUUCAAAGACAUGUGAGAGGCUACCAGUCCAGAAGGCAGCUUGAACAGGAGGAACUUUCAGCAAGAAUUAUUCAAAGAGGCUACCGAAAGUACAACAAAACAAAAACAGAAAGGAAUGAUCCUCAAAAGUCAGCAGACAUUGUUAAAGGAGAAGGAGAUGAUAGUAGCAAUGAGGAUGAAAAUAAAACAGAUGAAAGAAGAAAACCUGAGUAUAGGAAGCCAUGGAAAGAAUCAACAGCUGUUGCUCCAGUACUAGACACUGAUGUUAAAAUUGGAGAAAAGACAAAAGAGAGCUUUAACAUGUACCAGGAAGACAUUACAGAUUUGAAGUGGAAAACAGAACAACAGCUGGAAAUGACAACAAUGGGAGAUGGUUACACGCCUCCAAGAUUGGUGCUCAUUGCAUCAAAUGUUCCAAGAUCUGAUGUUCUAGAAAAGAUAGUGAACGAGGAUGUUCUUAAAUUAAACUAUGAUUUUUCCAUGACAACACUUCAAGUUUUAUUAGAUAAAAUUGUAGCUAUGCUUGAGGGAUUCCAGAGCAGAAGUAAAGCUCAGUCAAUAGCACUUGUUUGUCAGGGAGGACCUGGCUUCUUCAAUCCAGUGAAAGGAAAGAUGUUCACAAAAGCUAAAUUUAAACAAGAUGAGGAGAUUAAAAGUUUUUGGAGUAAUCUUGGUACAAACAUGUCAAAACUUGACCCAGAACACACAAAGAUCCACAUUAUUGGCAAUAAUGUGACUGGAAAUGAGAAAGGAGAAAAAUUAUUGAAGUUUCUUUCCAAGGAAAUGCAACCAUCAAAAGUCAAGGUUGAGUCACCAUUAGAAUUUGGACAAGCAGGUAAAGAAAUGCUGGCCCUCUAUUUUGAUCAUGACAAGUACAGAAUAUGGAGAAGCAAAAUGCAUUCCAAAGUUUCAUUUACCCUUUGACUUUUUUUAACCCUACAAUUGUGUAGUUUCCCUCCUUUUGGUCUCAUUUGCUAUGCAAGUUGAUGUAUCAUGUUCAUACAACACACUAAAUAAUAAUUUAUUAUUUAUUUAUUUCGCAUGGAAUUUUUCACUUCAAAAUUGAAAAUGAUACAUUGUAUUCCAUACAUGUAAGUUAAAGGUUGGUCAGUUCAGUAAAUUUGUCCAUUCAGUCAGCCAUUGA